AUGGCCGCAUGUAUCUUUUGCAAGAUCAUCAAAGGAGAGAUUCCUUCGUUCAAGCUCUUCGAGUCUGAAAAGGUCCUUGCGUUUCUGGAUAUCCAGCCGCUGAGUCGAGGACAUGCGCUCGUGAUCCCCAAACACCACGGCGUCAAGCUGACCGACAUCCCCGACGACUCGCUGGUGGACAUUCUCCAGGUCCUCAAGAAGAUCGCCGUGGCGACGGGCGCCGAGAACUACAACAUCCUACAGAACAACGGGCGGCUGGCGCAUCAGGAGGUCGACCACGUCCACUUCCACCUCAUCCCGAAGCCGAACGCCGCAGAGGGGCUGGGGAUCGGGUGGCCGGCGCAGAAGAUGGAAAUGGACGAGUUGAAGAAGUUGUAUGAGACGUUGAAGGCGAAGAUGUAG